AUGAUCCUCUACAGCAAGAACUACUGGGGCCUGCCCUUGUUGGUGCGCUUUUAUGGAUCGGCAUUCCCGAGGACAAUCCCUUUCGCAGUGAUGAGCGGCGCAAUCUCGGUGGCGCUGGAGUGGACGGUGGCCAAGGACGAGGACGGGCUGCCCAGCGAGAGCAGGAGCUGGUGGGAGCACCCCUACCCCUACCAGACGUUUGCGUUCAUCGUAGGCUUCAUGCUGGUCUUCAGAAGCAACUUCGGUUACGGGAGGUACUGGGAGGGCCGUACGGCGCUGCAGCUGAUGUCCGCCAAGUGGAGCGAUGCCGUGAUCCAAGUCCUCAAUUUCGACUUUGGCACGCUGCCGCCCGAUCUGGACGACGAGGGCAAACGGCGGGCACGGCGCUUUGGUGACACCUUCGUGCACCUGAUGAGCCUGCUGCACGCAGUGGCGGUCCAAAACCUGAGGAAGGACUGGGAAUUGGACAACCUGAGGCCUCACGAUCAGGGCCAACCGGAGCCGCCCAUGGAUCCCAGGUACAUCAAGGACGCCACCAAGAGGGGCAUGCGUUACAUGACCGUCACCGACUUCACGCACCUGCGCUCCGGCAAGGGCCACAUCAAGAUGUACAACUCCCUGAUGCCCCUGGGCGUGGUGGGAGGCAUCACGGAGGAGGAGUUCGUGGGCCUGGGGAAGGACAUGAAGGACAGCGGCGACGACAACCCGGGAGGCCUGUCCCGAGGGGCUCGAUUGUCGAACGGCGUCGUGAUUCCAGGGCCUGCAGAGCGUGUGCAGGUGGUCAUGUCGUGGGUGCACCAGAUCGUCCUGGAGCGCCGCCGCGAGGGCGGCCUGGCCAUCGAGGCGCCCAUCCUCACCCGCGUCUACCAGGUCCUCUCGGAGGGCAUGCUGGGCUUCGAGCAGUCCCGCAAGAUCAUGGACACGCCCUUCCCCUUCCCCUGGGUGCAAUUCGCCACCGUCUGCCUGCUGCUGUACGCGCUCACGGUGCCCAUUGUGAUCUCUGCGUACAUCACGGAGGACUGGCUGGCGUUCCUGCUGACGCUGUUCGCCGUGAUGACGUACUACGCGCUGAACGAGGUCGCACGGGACCUUGAGGACCCGUUCAUUUACGACCCUAACGACCUGCCCAUGGCCAGGCACCAAUACGCCUUCAACGAGCGCAUCUUGUCGCUGUCCGGCACCAAGCGGCCCUUCAGCCCCACAGAGAUGGGCGCCGCGAGGCUGCGCACCAUCGUCAGAAAAGACUCCAUGGGCGACAGGCGGACAGCCGCGCCGGCGGGCAACAGCCCAGCGCAGGAGGCGCCUUCCGAUGCGCCGAAUCGAACCGAAUCGUAUCGGAAUCGAAUGGAAUCGAAUCGGAAUCGCAUCGGGGGGGAGGCCAGCCUGGAUGUGAGGCUGUUCGAGGGGGACGAGGGCGAGCCGGAUUUGAACGUAGUCCUAGAUUUGAGGGCGGAGUCGGCGGCGCCCAGCAGGGGCGAUCAAUAG